GAACUCAAAAACAGAAGCUGAUUUCAGCCUAGCCCAGAGCAGCCUGAAGGACCUGAACGCGCAGCUGGUGGCGAAGGAAGCUGACCUGGCAACAGCCCUGAAUGAGAACCGAGCCCUGGUCAACCAGCUCCGUGAAUUAAAGGAGCAAGUCGUCACUAUGAAUAUGUCACUGGAAGAUACUAAAAAGCAUCUCCAUAGUGAAAUGCUGAGGAGGGUGGAUGUAGAAAAUAAUUUGAAAACUGUGCAAGAACAAAUGGCGUUCCAGAAUCUCCUUCAUGAAGAUGAGCUCAAGGAGGCAAAGAGAGUCCAUGAGAGCAGAGUAGCAGAACUAAAUUCUGGUCUUCAGAGAGAGUAUGAAAGUAAGUUCUUGUCUGUUCUGCAAGAGCUCAGAAAACAACAUGAAGAACAAAUUCAAGGAUACAGAGAGGAGGUGGAGCGAACAUGCCGUGCAAGAAUGGAGAAUGCCAAGCUAGCUGCAGUAAAACAAGGUGAGUUUGCCCAUGCUGCUCAGGAGGAGCUGAUGGAAGCCAGGAAGAGAGCUGAUAGUCUGCUAUCUCAACUUAAUCAAUAUCAAAGCAAGACUGCUGCUAUGGAGAACAAAAUAAAGGAGCUACAGGACAUGCUGGAUUAUGAUCGUGAUUUCCAUCGAAGGCGUAUAGCUGAAAAGGAACAAGAAAUACUCCAAGUUCAGAAGCAGGCACAAACACAGCUGGAAGAAUAUGAGCAUCUCUUAGAUGUGAAACUGGCUCUGGAUUUGGAAAUAAGUGCCUACAGAAAGAUGCUGGAAGAAGAGGAACAGAGGCUAAACCUGUCACCCAGUCCAUCCUCACAAAGCACAGCAACUCCAGCAACAAGUCAAGGGCGACGGUUCCUACACGGGAAGAAAAGGAAACUGAAAGAAACCAAAAAGAGAGAGCUUGGUGCUGCAUUUGAGACUAUUCAGCAUGCUUCAGCCUCUGGAAAUAUAUCUAUUGAAGAGAUUGAUGCAGAUGGGAAAUUUGUCAGGCUUAAAAAUAACUCUGAUGAGGAUCAGCCACUCCAUGGAUGGGUGCUGAGGCGACAUAUUGGAACUGUGUCAGAUGUUAUUUACAAGUUUCCUUCACGGUUCAUUCUUCAGGCAGGCCAAGUAGUUACAAUAUGGGGUGCAGCUGCUGGUGCAAGCCCAGGUCCUAGUGAUCUCAUCUGGAAGUCUCAGAAGUCUUGGGGAACUGGAGAUAAUAUUGAUGUUACUCUUAUCACAGAUGAUGGUGAGGAACUCGCAGAGAGGAAGAUAAUGCUUGUACCCAGAGGAGAAGAAAGCAGUGAGCUAGAUGAUGACUAUGAAGAAAUAACUGGCAGCGAAAUGGAGUUUGCAUCUCAGGGAAUGCUGUUUCAACUGGACUACAGAACCAAGUACAGCUUGAAACUCUGA